AUGGUACAAAAGGUACCUGCAGCCGCGAAUACGCAGCAACCAAACAUCAAAACUCACUAUAAUGUCGUCAAACUACUGGUCAUUGGACUUGCCUUCCACCUCAUUUACAUCGGUUCAGUCUUCGACUGCUACUUCACAAGCCCGGUGGUUCAUGGAAUGAAGAGCUAUGGAAGGAAUGAAGAGGCGCCUGCGAAGCGUUUGGUUCUGAUCGUUGGAGACGGACUCCGUGCAGACCUCCUCUUCAACAUGAACGCGUUUCCCGGCAUACCAGAUGCACCUGCAGUUGUUGCUCCUUACCUGAGAUCCAUCGCUGAGACGCGCGGCGCGUUUGGGAUCUCGCAUACCAGGGUGCCUACAGAAAGCAGACCAGGUCAUGUCGCGAUUAUUGGCGGCAUGUAUGAAGAUGUUUCCGCUGUCACGAAGGGAUGGAAAACUAAUCCAGUUGACUUCGACUCUGUAUUCAACCAGUCCUCUUCAACAUUCUCCUUCGGGUCUCCUGAUAUCCUCCCCAUGUUCGCGAAAGGUGCCUCGCCCGGCAAGGUCAAGACAUGGAGCUACGACGAAGACGAAGAAGAUUUUACGAAAGAUGCGACUGCAUUAGAUGUUUGGGUCCUGGAUCAACUGAAAGUUCUCUUCAACAAUGCUACUACUAAUGAACCAUUAAAGAACAAACUUCGUUCCGACAAAGUCGUUUUCUUUCUUCACCUACUCGGGUUGGAUACAACAGGCCAUUCCUACCGUCCUCAUUCCAAGGAAUACAUGGAGAACAUUCGUGUUGUAGAUGAUAUCGUCCGCGAGACGGAGCAGCUCGUAAAUAAUUUUUAUGGGGACGAUCGCACCAGCUUCAUCUUCACUGCAGACCAUGGAAUGUCUGCUAUAGGAAAUCAUGGAGACGGACAUCCAGACAGCACAAGAACACCGCUCAUUGCCUGGGGCAGUGGCAUACGAGGUCCGGCACCCGACAGCUCUCCCUCCUCACAUGACACCUAUUCGGAACCGUGGCGCCUUGGACAUCUGUAUCGACGCGACGUCGAGCAAGCAGACAUAACCCCACUUAUGGCUACGCUUAUUGGCAUAGAUUGGCCAGUUAAUUCUGUUGGCGUCCUUCCGGAUGUUGACCCGACACGACCUGGAUAUUUGGAUACGCGAACGAAGAAAGGGGGUCAAGUUAGAGGUCAAGCUGUGCUUGCCAACGCAAAAGUAAUUUUAGAACAGUAUCGACUUAAACAUGAGCUCAAGAAACAGCAUACCCUAUUCUACAAACCAUUCAAACCUCUUGCCGAUAUCUCAACGACGGAGACAGCUCCUCAAAUCCUCAAAAUCGCCCAACUAAAUGCGCAAGGAAACUGGGCUGCUGCUCGCCAAGUCUCCUUCGAAAUCAUCCAACAAGCCCUCGCCGGCCUGCACUACCUCCAAACAUACGAUCGAUUCCUCAUCAGAGGCUUCGUCACCGCUGCCUACCUCGGUUGGGCUGCAUAUGCGUCAUUGUACAUCCUCCGCCCAUUUGACAAAGUUCCUUCAGCAUUUAACUCGUCACCAUUGGUUUCAGGCUUCACUGCAACCAACUGGAUCGUCCUCGCUGCCUUUUGGCUCUUGUUCGCCAUUCAGAGGUCUCCGUGGAGCUUCUACGUGUAUAUCGCUUUUCCGUGUUAUUUUUGGAGGGGAUUUUUGGCCCAGAUGGUUCCAGCUAUGAAGGACUACCUUCAGGCGGGUAAUAGUAGGCACCCGUAUACCCAUGCUUUUCUCAACGGUAUAAUGGUAGUGGGCUCCUUGCUUGGCAUGGUGCUUGGAUACACACAUAGAUCUAUCUGGAGCAUCGGGUUCCUCCUUAUAGGCGUCGUCUGGCCUCUAACGUGGAACAAGGGAUUGCUUUCUAACAAUUUACCGACAGCUAUGUUCUGGACAUUGUCUUGCAUGAUCACGGCCAUCUUCCCUCUCCUUUCCGUAGACAAGAGCGAAAGCCUUCUGACUAUUACACUCGGAGGAGCCAUUAUUUUGUUAUCAGGAGCCUCUGCUGCUUACUACGUCCUCAAGACCGAGAAGCACCUCCAGAAAUGCCGGAUUCUCUUCAAGCUAUUCUUCUUUCAAGGCAUCCUUAUCGCCCUGACGAUGCUCAUCACAUCAUCGUCCGUCAAAAGUCUGCAGGACAAGAAAGGCCUGCCCUUAUUCAACCAAGUUGCUGGUUGGGUAAUUCUUGUCUUUGCGUCGUCGUUGCCUUUCCUGUCUCCGGUCAAGACUCAUACCAAGUACUCGAAAAUUCUUAUGUAUUACCUCGGCUUCGGACCUUGCUUCGUCAUUUUGUCCAUCAGCGUCGAAGGUCUUUUUUUCGUCGCGUACUCGGCCACGUUAGCUGCCUGGAUUCGGGCCGAGGCAAUCGUGCGGCACAACCACCUCCCAGAUUGUUCGCUGCAGCCUUUAAGUCCAAGGUCGCCCAUCGCAGCAAAAAGAGACCUAUCCCAAGCUCUGGCUUAUGCUUUUCAGCCGGACGAUCUCCGCAUCGCGCUCUUCUUUUUGUUUUUUGUGCAAGUGGGCUUCUUCGGAACUGGAAAUGUCGCAUCAAUCAGCUCCUUCUACCUUGCCCCAGUGUAUCGCUUGAUUCCUAUCUUUAGCCCGUUCUACAUGGCUACACUCCUGCUUUUCAAGAUUAUAGCGCCAUACAUCAUCCUCGCUGUUAGCUUCGCAGUGCUCAAUGAUGCUCUCCGCCUGCCUCCCUUCUCGCUGCUUCUCGUGGCAUUGACUCUAACCGACGGGAUGACGCUGGCGUUCUUCUACCAAGUGCAAGACACGGGAUCAUGGCUGGAAAUUGGCCAAUCAAUAACGUUCUUUUGUAUAGCGUCCUUACUGCUGCUGUGGUCUGCAGGUAUCAGCGCUGCGGGGGAGUUCCUGAUGUCUGAUGUUAUCACACCCCACCGUUUCGCGAGCCCACAAAAGACGGAAUAG